AUGGACCGAUCACUGAAAUGCUUCACAAACUGCCAGGUGUGCAUAUCAGGCGAGUUGGUGUCACAGGAUUUAUAUUUCAGCUCCGACACCGGCAUCAUCACUCCCAACUACUACUAUCGUCAAGAAGGCGUCGAGCGGAUAGAUCUCGAUGGCAGAGUCGUCGCGCCGGGGUUUCUGGAUCUCCAGACGAACGGCAUGCAGGGUUUGCACUUCACCCAACUGGGGUCAGAUCGCAGUAGCGCUGAGGAAGGCGAUGCUGAAGAUUUGAAGAAAUUGGAGGCUGUGAGUAAGAUGGAAGCCAGCCAUGGAGUGACGGGUUGGUGGGCUACGGUUCCUACCGUGGAGUCGGCGAGGUGGAAGCAGAUAGUGCCAGCCCUGAAAUCAAGGGCAUUUUCUGAUGGAGCUGACCUACUUGGCUCUCAUCUUGAGGGGCCCUUCUUAAAUGCCUCCAAAAAGGGUGCCCACAAUGCUUCCUACCUCAUGGAUCCGACACAGAUAUCUCUCACACAGCUCUACGGCACGGACAACCUCGACACGGCCGUCAAAAUGAUCACACUGGCCCCCGAACUACCCGGCGCGACAGCUCUCAUCGGACAACUACAAGAGGAAUAUCCUCAUAUUGUCAUCUCACUUGGCCAUUCGACGGCGAAAUACGAGGACGGAUUAGCCGCUCUCCAGCUAGGCGCGCGGGCACUAACACACGUGUUCAACGCCAUGGCACCAUUUGAGCAUCGAAAUCCCGGCCUCGCAGGUCUCAUGGCGACAGGCCGUUGCUAUUAUUCCAUAAUACCGGACGGAAUUCAUCUCCAUCCAUCGGUUGUCACUCUCUGUCUGCGCACGGAUCCGAGGAAAUGCGUCUUCAUCACAGACAGUAUCGAAUUAGCCGGUCUGCCCGACGGUGUGCAUCCAGGCCAUGGACAGAUUUCAAGACAGCAGGUCAAGCAAGGAAAUCGCGUGACAUUGGAGGGGACAGACACGUUAAUCGGAAGCUGCUGUACGCUUGAUGAAUGCGUGAGAAACGCCGUCGCCUUCACAGGAUGUACUUUGGCGGAAGCUGUCCAAUGCGUCACGGAGAAUGUUGCUGACAUGAUGGGGGAGUCCAAACGGGGGAAAUUGGAGAAUGGGAGGAGGGCAGACUUUGCUAUCUUGGAUAUGGAUGGUGUGGUUCUUGGGACCUGGAUGGCGGGACGAAAAAUCUGGCAGAGAGAUGAUGUCCUGCUGGGUAGCUGA